AUGUUCCCCUCGACUCUUUCGUAUACUCAAGUGCGGGACUUUGCCUACCCUGUCACUCACCCUCUACAUUAUGGCCCGCCGCCUGAACCUUCGGGUCCGCCAUCGGGCAUGACAACGCCCGCAAGUGAGCACCGACGAUUAUCAGACCCUCCGGGCUCGUUGGAUGCACGUAUGCCUUGGGAGUCGUGGGGCACUGAAGGAUUCAACCGUGCUCAUGACCUUGCUCCCAUCCAGUUUGACGGUGGUCCUCCAUAUAGCGAAGACGAGGAUUUGCAAAGCCCCGUCGUGGCCACACGCCACCGCAAGCACAAAUCGACUUCGGCAGCCACAGGCAUGAGGGGGAGGACAGGUCGUGAUGAUGUGCGUUCGGCCAACUACGACCGUGAGCGGGGUUAUUACAUGGGAACUAGUGGAGACGGCAGCGAAACUUACUAUGUGAAUAAUGGCAACGAGGCCAACGGUCCUGGCGGAGACUUUGUCACAUAUCCGCCAGACCAGGCAAGACACAGCCGGGCAUAUCACAUUGCCCAACAACCCAGGGCUGCCGAGGGCGGUGAGUACUAUCAGCCCGAGUCUGACAGCUCCCCAUCGUCCCCAGGCUUCAAUGACGAGUCUCGCUAUUCACGAGAUUAUCAGUUUACUAUUACGUCGCCGGACGAAGAGUUUCAUGGCAAGGCCGUUGCCUUGUUCGAUUUCGAGCGAGAGAACGAAAACGAAUUGCCUCUGGUUGAGGGCCAGAUCAUCUGGGUUUCGUAUCGACACGGACAAGGCUGGCUGGUUGCCGAAGACCCCAAGACGCAAGAGAGCGGCCUGGUGCCCGAGGAAUAUGUCCGGCUACUCCGCGAUAUCGAAGGAGGAAUGAACAGCCUGACUGGCCAUCUUGUGGAGGGAUCUGGCUCUCCUGACGUGGGCACACCUACCCAAGCGGAGCAUAGCGGUCAAUAUGGCCACACUCCAUCUUCCAGCAAUGCGACUAACGGGUAUCAUCAGCCAAUCGUGUCGAUGUUCUCGACGUCGAGCAAAGACCUUGACCCGUAUCCCACCGAACAACUGGGACUUCAAUCCGGACAAGCGCCCCCGCAGGUCGUCCACUAUCAUGGGCAACGCGGGGGAAGUCAAGCAAACACGCCGACAAUCGCGCAGUCUCAAGAUACUGGUAUUCUGAGGAGGGAGAGCCACGAUGCUGGAACGAAAAGGGACUCGAACGUCACACCGGUGCAGGAGAAACCGCCGAUGGAGUUGGGAGAGCCGGUCGUCGGCGAAGAAGCGAAAGAAGCCGAGAGGUGA